AUGACUUACUUCUCAUUUGGGGACCUGCCCACUAUUCAAACCAGGAAGGCCUUGAUAUUGUUGGAUUUUCAAAAUGAUUUCGUUCGUUCAUCCGGGGCUUUGCAUAUUCCCAACACCUCCGACAUCCUCGAAAUUCUCCCGCAGCUAGCAUCUGCAUUCCGUCGUGUUGGCGAUGUAGUUUGGGUGCGCUCUCAGUCUGGAUCACCACAAAGCAUUAUUGACUGGGACUUUGGUGAACGCAUUGUCCUGGAUAAAGAGCCGCCGCGCAGAACACAAUUGCCAACUUCGAACAUAAUCGAGGUCGGAUCGGACCGUGAUUCACCAGAACCUGUCGACCCGGAAGCUUUCCUCUCGGCCAACCCUCCAUCAUGUUGUGACCCGCUGACGCCCGGAUAUCAAUUCCCUGCGCCGAUCUUAGCCGCCAUCGAGGCCGACAAAGACACCGUGAUGGACAAAACAGGAUACUCGGCUUUGGAGUCACCCAGCCUUGUGCUGUCCUUCAGAACGCGGUUUGUGACCCAGCUAUACCUUUGUGGCUCGCUGUCCAAUGUCUCGGUAUUUGCCACAGCUCUGGAUGCCGUACGCCACGGGUUCUCGGUGACUCUGGUGGAAGAUUGCUUGGGAUUCCGCGAUUUCCAACGGCACCAGGAAGCCAUGCGACGCAUGGCGGAUAUCCUGGGUGCGACCGGUCUAACGGCCCGAGAGCUCAUUCAGGAGCUAGAUUGGCACGAGACGGAGGCAAUUGCUCGCAGAGCCGAACCUCAGCCUAAGGCCUCCGCCGCCACGGCAGGCAUUGAGAGCGUCAUGGAUGGCCUGGAAUUCUGGAAUACAGCCGAUGCCUCUCAAGAUAACCCGCGCGAUCCAGAAAACCCGAGCCUUGCAGAACUUGCUACGCUUUCUCGUACACAGCGUGCUUCAGCCACGCGGGUUCCGGUGGAAGAGAAAAAGAAAGUCCGCGCACGUAUUCGUCGCCCAAAGCGUCGGGACCCCGCCAAAGACUCUAUGCCCAGAUCUUCCGCAGGCUCUGAACGGGGAACGACAUCAAAUGUACCCCAAACCAAGAUUGGGGAGGGCGACUCGCGACUCGUGUGUAAUCUCAAUUUGGCCACAGACGUCUUUGAGCGCAUACAGACGGAGGUGGAUUGGCAGACGAUGUACCAUCUUUCGGGGCUGGUUCCCCGAUUAAUUGCAGUUCAAGGCCAGCCUCUACCCGACGGAAACAUACCCUUAUAUCGCCAUCCGGCAGACGAGUCUCCACCUCUCAAGCCGUUUACCGCCGCGGUUGAUGAGGUGCGCGUGGCUGUUGAGCAGAUCCUAGGCCAUCCCUUGAAUCACGUCCUUAUCCAGCUUUACCGGGAUGGACAGGAUCGUAUAUCAGAGCACUCAGAUAAGACGUUAGACAUUGCACGAGGGUCAUUCAUUUGCAACGUCAGUCUAGGCGCUGAGCGCGUCAUGGUCCUCCGCACCAAGACAUCGGCAUCUGAUUCUAAAGAAGGGAUAGAAUCAGGUCGUGCAACGCAGCGCGUGCCUCUGCCUCACAACUCGCUUUUCGUUCUCGGCCCGAACACAAACAUGCGAUGGCUCCAUGGUAUUCGUGCCGACAAACGGCCCGAGUCAACAAAGUCCAUCGAAGAGCAGGCUUACGGGGGUCAGCGCAUUUCUCUUACUUUCCGUCAAAUAAGCACUUUCAUUGAUCCCGUGGCCAACACAAUUUGGGGACAAGGGGCGGUCAGUAAGACACCGGACCAAGCUCGUGCGGUGGUUCAUGGGGACCCCAUCGAGGCAGAACGCCUCAUCGGGGCCUUUGGGCACGAAAAUCGUACUACAGAAUUCGAUUGGGAUGCCGUGUAUGGCGGGGGCUUUGAUGUGGUCAAUUUCGUCACUCCAUCGGCCGCGCAGCUGCUACUUAGCGGAGAUCCCGUGGCUGAUUUACGCGUACGUCUCUGUCUGGGAGAAAGCGGGAUCCGAUAUCGAUCGGUCAUCAAUCAUGAGCAGAUGAGUGGCAGAAAUAGCAACUUAACGAAACUGCCAUUAUAUGAAGCCACCGAUGGGACAAGGGUCGCAGGCGAGCUCGAUAUUAUGGUACAUAUGGCCAAUCGAUCUGCCGACACGACACGGUCAGGUGUAGACUCGCUUGGUGGAGGCCAUCACAUGCCGAUGAUUGAUUUCUUCCUGGCACACUGGCGCGAGCACCGCGCCACUAACCCAGCCGGUCUGUUUAACUACGGGUUGGAUGAUUGGGAGCAUAUUCUAAAUGGGCAACGUUAUCUCGGAGGCUCUGUGUUCACCAUCGACGACUGCUCUCUAUGGCCGGUUCUGCGGGACAUUGUCCAGACCCAGGGCCCAUUUGAUGCCCGGUUGGUGAACCUCAAUCAAUACUACCAACGGGUUGAGAAUCGAGGUAUCAUUCGGUCCAUUCUAGAUGAAUGA